AUGCGAGGACUGAUGGCUAAAUUAAACAUGCCCAUACCUGAAUGGGAACUUCAUCGACGAAUACGUAUUACAAUUAAAAAACAAACCAUUAAGAUUAUCGGUCUCGAUCCUGAUCAAGACAUUCCAUAUACACUUUUUUCGAGAGUAAGAAUACUAGUUCGGCAAGGAACUGCAUCGAAAUAUGAAUCUCAACGACUCACAGGUCAAGAAUUUAUAGAACACAAAAUACCAGUGAACAAUAACACUGGUAAUAUGGAUGUUUAUAUUGAAUUGCAUUGGCAAGGUCAUUACAAUGAACCUCUGUACACAGUUCGAAUGCGAUUGACAGAUUCGACCAAAGAUGUACAUUUAUUUUACAAUCCAAAACGUGGUGUGUGGCGUGAGCAAUAA